AUGUCCAGUCACGGGCCCAGCAUGGAUGUCAAGGUGCUCUAUACCUUGGACUCGAGUCCCAACCACACCAUGGUGGCUCGACUCGGGCGUCCUGUUCCCGUCGAGGUCAUCAUCCCAAACAUGACUCCUCCUUCGCCUCUCGAACCAUCAGGAAGCAACUAUCACCCAUCACCACCCUCGCGUCACGUACGCUUCGGCCGAAUCGCCCUCAAGGCUUGUCUCGGUGCCGUCUGCAUGGCCAGCCCCGAGCUCCUACCGGACGACAAGAGGGACUAUAUCAUCUACGCUGUCGACCCAGAAGAGACAAUGCGUGCGCAGCAACUCGGAUCGCCCUCAUCUCGUGGUCAAGUCACGCCCGUCCGCGCAUCCUCUUCCAUGUCGUCGCGUGAUCGUCACGAUGCCAGCUCCAGCAAGCACAGCUCCAGUCCGUCCCGUCCCAAGGAUGCGCCCACCUCCAUCCUCGUCGGCAAAGGCUUCUUCAACUGGGCAUUAGAUGAGGAGGGAGACGGCGAAACCACCGUCACCGGUCGCGUUCGCUCGGAUGGCAGACGUCUUCGCUACGAGAAUGGUCGCGAGUACGAGGAGGACAUCAAUGUGCUCGAGGUGGUCAUCAAGCUCAAAGAGUCGCAGGCAAGGAACAAGGACAAGUACUUCAACCUCGUCCGUGGCCUUUCGUCUGGCUCGAGCUUCAGUGCUGGCUCUAGUACGGCUUCAAGCUCUGCAUCUACCAGUCGCGUGUCACAUCGUCUGCCCUUGCAGGACGACGCCAUGUCAGCACCACGCCGUUUCCGGACAGCUCGACACAUCGAAGACCAAUCUCUCUCCUUGCAUUCCGAGCCUGAUUACCCGACCUCUUCAUCAUCCUCUUACGGUACCAUGGAGCGUCAGAUCCGCAGACCCGCAGCGCGUCCAUCUUCUCGCUCUAUGCCUAUGGUCGACAAAGCCACAGAGCGCAUUCUGUCCCCAAAGACAGCGCCUCUCGGUGCUUCACCCAGCUUGCCCGCCCUCUCCUCCUUCUCCGCGACAGCUUCCUCUCCAGCUGUGUCUGCCUUAUCUCCAAACGCGGCGGCACUUUCAGCAGCAGCAGGAGCGGCUCCCAACCAGUCCACAAUGCAGCUUCUUACCAUCUUGCACAGCCUCCAGCAAAGAUCGUCCAAAUCGGCGCCAGAGCCUGCUCAGCAAGCACAGCUCGAGAAUCUGCUUUCGCAGGUGGCUCAAGCCCUUGGCAACUCGUCGACGUCGUCGCCGGCCGCUGACUCGACGUCCCUUGCAGAGCCAUCGGCAGCAGCAGCACAGCGUGCGUCCACCUCGCCGGCUCUCUCCGCCCGCCCCCUGGACAGCAUCUCUGUACCGAAUUCUCGCUCGCCUAUGCCGACAUCCGAAUCGUCGCAUCCUGGUAAGGAGAAUCGCCUGACGCUGGUCGCAUCGAAGGACUCACCGCAGACCGGGCACUCCAACUCUCGCCGCCAAUCAGCCACGUCUCCCUCCUUUGAAGAUGAGGAUGCCUCCAGCCCUUCGGUCCAACGUAAAGAUAGCCAGGACACAACGGACCGCAUCUGCUACAACUGCGGCACAGACGUGCCGACCACAUGGCGCAUUCUGAAGCUUCCCGCCGGCAGCACCGUCAACAACCCCUCCGCCGAAAAGGGCUCCAGCAGCGAUGGCACCAACGACGACUCGAACGAGCCAGGAUGGAGGCCCCGCUAUGCUGAUAACGAGGGCCCGAUCCAGACGGACGGCGAGACCAAGUGGUCGGCCUGCAAUCCUUGCGGCCUCUACUAUCUCAAGUGGAACAACUCGCGCCCAGAGUACGUCUGGAGGAAGGAGCAUGCGACCAAGGUGUAUCGCGACCGAAAAGAAGCCAUGAAGCGUCAACGCGAGAACGAACAAGCUGGUUCGAGCAAGCGAUCCAAGGUUGCCAACUCGGACGUCGAUGCAGCUUCUCCCUACACCACAUCUACGCCGCGAGAUGCCAAUACCAACAGAGCAUCUUUCGCAGAUGGCGGCGCUGCGGACGAGAGCAUGACCUCGCCGAACUUUGACGCUGCCACGCCCGGUUCCAGCUCAGGGCGCAAAUCGAGCAUGCCGCGAACGCUCAGCGAGGCCUGCCACCGCGAUGCGGAGAAGCUCGAGUCGCAGCGAAGCAGCAAGAAGAAGGAGAAGGAGAAGCCUGUCUGCAAGAAGCAGGCGGAUCGGGAAUAUGUGCUGGAUCCUAGCACGGGCAAAUGGCGCAGCAGGAGAAGCAUGCGAGAGAACCCGGCGGGGAAGCGACCCGGUCGUCCUAAAGGCUCCGUCAAGGUGCCGCAGAACGGCAAGGCGGCCUCCAAGUCGUCGCCGAUCCCGGAGAGCAGAGACGACAAGGACGACGCAGCGUCCACCAAGCGACCAUCGGCGUCCAAGCAGGCCGGCGCCAGCACCAGCGCUCAGGCUUCCACGUCCAAAGCAACGGCUCACGGACCACACAUGGAGUUCCGCGCGCCUAUGCCACCGCAGCGAGGCCGACAAAUCCCUUCGUCGCGCGUGGUCAACUUUGCUCAGUCCAGCCCUGUUCGACCUUCCAUGAACGCCAGCUUGAUGCAGCCGGACGCGGUCAACGCUCUUCCCAGCUUCGGCUCUGGACUGCUGGCGAGUCCUUCCCGUGACGUUCGAUUCCGGGUCCCCAGCUACCUGAUGAACUCAAGCCCAGGAACCAUGCUGGACACGCUCAUGAGCGAAGCCGACUUUGACUUUGAGGAGCUGGGGCCUCUCGGACCGCUGCAGACUCCGGGCACCUUGCUUGGCAACUUGACUCGCAACGGACAGCAGACCCCCUCGAUGCUGCGAAGGAGUCCACGCAAGAACCCGCACGGGACCAUCUCGGGUCAGAACCCCUACGCGUCACCCAGCUCGAAGCGAUCGGGCAGCCCUUCGCUCGGACGCGACUUGCGCAUGAGUCGUAGCUUGGUCGACGAGAACGGCUCCCCUGGCGGACGAAAUGUUGCCGCCUCGUCCUCGAACAACAACAGUCCUGUGACACGCAGUCGCACUCGAUCGGGUCAGGACGUGCUGCACCCUGCGCUCUUCUCUUCGAGCGAUGACCCCUCGAAUGAAAACGACAAGUCGAGCAGCACCGUCACAUCGCCCGCGUCGCCCUCCGAGAAGGUCAACACUGGCAAAGUCGCGCGCAGCAAGUCCAAGAUCACCUCGUCCCUGCACAGCGUCGGCAAAUCGCAGAUCUCGUCGAGGAAGGGUCAAGUCGAGGCGAGCGCACGACGAGGUGCCUCUGCCGAUGUCGAGGCGGACGACGAGGAUAACGGCCCCGAGGCCCAGUUCGUCAAGGGCCCGUACCGCAAGAGCGGCACGGAAAGCCGCGAAGGAUCGGCUGGCCUUCCUUCGUGCCCUGCCUCGCCGAGUCUGGGUCGUGCGACUCGCAAGCUCACCCGCAACCUCAGCGCCGCCAGCAAUCAGUCUUUGAUGCAGAACGGUCCGGCGAAGCUUGCGCAGCUCGACCUGCCGCCCAGCAGCCCGGUCUUCGACCACCCGACGGGCCGAAGCUCGAGCACGAUCGAGGUGGAUGGCUGGGGAAGGACGCCUAGCAUGCGCGAGAUUUUUCCCACUCCGAGCGACCUGGACUGGCCGAGCGACGCUUCGCCCGGCGGCGUGGGCUCGCAGUCACCGAUCAAGAACGAGAAGGUCGAUGAGACGCUCUCGACGGCGACGAUGCCGGCUUCCAAGGAGACAGCGAUUGUCCGACGACGACCGUUGCCAGCGACGGUGGAGGACGGGUCAUCGUCUGUUUCAGGCUCUUCUCCAGCAUUGUCGGACGACUCGCCCGAGGCUGGAAACGGGAACGUGUUUGACCUGCUCGAGGACCCGUACGGCAUCCUGGCAGCGUCGGGCUUCGGUAUCGAUGCAGAUGGCACGCUGACGUCGCUCGAGAUUCCUGUCCCUCCCCCCUCGGGCCCUGCGAACCAGAUGACGCCGACGUCGACGACCACAACCCAACCUCAGCCGGCGAUCACAGCGGACAACUUCAACGAGAUCCAGCUGCACCAGUCGAAAGAGUUCGGCACGCAUCUGACCGACUUUAACUCCUCCGGUGGCGUUGGCAUCGCUGCGCACGUCGCUGGCUCGAGUGGCACUGCGGCGGCGGUGCAGAUCGCCAACGCUCCAUCGUCAGGCGUGGAGGGACUGGACGCAGCGUUCCUAGCGACACUGCCGCCGGAGCUAUCGAACAUCUUUGCAUCGCCCAAAAAGCCCAUUCCGCCCCAGAUCAUCGAGAUCCUCGCCAGCCCGCGCAGGUCGCGCACCCGAGGCAGCACGAUCUCGCCCACAAAAGGGACGAUGGGAGGAGAGUUGGUCCCCAGCCCAUCGUUCGCGCCGGGCACGGAGGGACAGUUGAACGAGGCUGAACAGCAGGAUUUCUCCGCCCUGUUCAGCAAUCCGGACAUCCAGGCGCUGCUGGCUGAAUUCGAGGCGAGUGCGUAG